AAGCGCGUGACGCAGUAAAAUCUGUGGUCUGUUCUGCAGAGUAUUCAUCAUUUUUUCUUAAUUAAACGCGUUAUUAGCGGUCAUGGCGCAGAGCAUGCUGCUGUACUGGAGCUCCGGUUCUCCGCCGUGCUGGAGAGUCAAGAUCGCGCUGGAGGAGAAGCAGCUGCAGGGAUACAAACACAAACUUCUGUCUUUUGACAAGAACGAACACAAGUGUGAAGAAGUGAAAGCUCUCAAUCCCAGAGUUCAGGUUCCAACGUUCAAGCACGGAGACAUCGUCGUGAACGAGUCGUUUGCCGCGUGUCUGUAUCUGGAGAGCGCGUUUAAGUCUCAAGGCACCCGUCUGAUCCCAGACGACCCGGCUGAACAAGCGCUCGUCUACCAGCGAAUGUUUGAGACCAACAACCUGCAGCAGAAAAUGUAUGACGUGGCUUUCUACGAGUGGCAUGUUCCUGAAGGAGAGAGACAUGAAUCGGCUCUGAAGAGGAAUAAAGAGAGUUUAAUCGCCGAGCUCAAACUGUGGGAUGGAUACUUGGAGGAGAUGGGUAAAGGCUCGUACCUCGCUGGCAAGAACUUCACUAUGGCCGAUGUGGUUUGUUUCCCCGUCAUCGUGUUUUUCCCGCGACUUCACUGUCCUCCAGAGCGUUGUCCCAGACUGAUGGAGUACUACAAGAUGCUAAAGGACCGUCCCAGUAUUAAAGCCAGCUGGCCUCCUCACUGGUUGGAGAAACCUGAGGGUCAAGACAUGCUCAAGAACCUGUGAAGAACAUCCUGAACACACCAGCAGAAUAAAACCAUCACUUAAUUCAGAUUUAUGUUCAACUUACUGUAUUAAAUCACAACCCUUGACUGUGAUCAGUCUCGUUUACAGUGCAGCAGCUUCAGUUUGUCUGAUGUUUGAUAAUUAACCUCAGUCAUUUAUCUUUAACUCAGCGGGCCGCUUUAUGUGUGAACUCAUUUUUGAAGAUAAAGCUCAUUGUUGUGUCUGUAAUGAUUAACGUUAAAUAAAGUUUUAUCCUGUUCAGUCCAAAUAAAGAACAUUUUUACCACCAGUUUUAAA